AUGUUGACUUAUGACGAGGCGUUGAAUUUCUCGACCGUCUUGUCCGCUCUGACUUGUCUGUCUGCUGGUGUCAUAACAUUGUCGCUCUUACUUCCCUACUUCAUCGACCAGCUUCAGCUUCGAGAGUAUCCUGGAGCGCUCCUCGCAAAGUUCACUUCGGGAUGGAUUUCUUGGAUUAUAAGUCGCAACCAGUGGUCGGAGACUGUGGAUCGUCUGCAUUCGGCACAUUCUAUGGGCUCCUUUGUUCGCCUCGCCCCUAACCAUGUCUCUGUUUCCGGCCCCUCUGCCUUCGAGGCCAUCUACAGCCAUCCCUCCAGCGCACUCAAGGCGCCUUUCUAUGACAUCUUCAGUGCUGGUGGGGCCGCGAAUAUCUUCACCACACGCGAUCGUGCAGAACAUGCACGCAAGCGACGUGUCGAGGCGCAUAUGUUCUCACCUCAGAGUAUACGAACCCUUGAGAGUACUGUGAGCGUGCACUUCCAUGCCCUGGAGGAUCAAUGGGAUGCUCUGUGCGCACAUAUACAGAAGGCAGGCAGCGGAGGUGCAGAGGGCAUCAUCGGAUCAGUCUCGUGGAAGGUCCACGAUAGCAGAGUAUGGUUUGAUUGCAUGCCUUGGUUCAUGUUUUGGUCUUUUGAUACCAUUGCCGAUCUCUCAUUCGGACGACCCUUUGGCAUGCUUGUAUCAGCAAAAGAUGUUGUUCGCAUCCCCAAGUCGAAUGCGAGCGGCAUUCAAGCCAUCGCUGAAGCGGCCUCCCAUUCAAAGAAGACGGAGCUGGAAAUGGUGGAGGUCCCCUUGAUUGAGGUGCUCGUGAAACGUGGAAAGACCAUUGCUGCUCUCGCAUAUCUCCCAGCAUGGGCUCAGCCUAUCAUCGGCCGUCUUCCUGGGUUUCGCGAGGGAUAUGGCGCUAUACCGAAGCUAAAUGGCAUAGCUAUCGCGGCUGUUGCCGACCGACUUCGGUCUCCAAACGGACGUGCAGACAUGCUCACGAAGCUCUUGGAAGGAAGAGACGGGGAGGGGUAUCGUUAUGGACCUCAAGAGUUGAGUGCGGAAGCAAAAACACUAAUCGCUGCCGGCGGAGACACGACCGCCAGGUCAGCUAGUGUGCUACCUGUGUUCCAGGAGCUAUGCUGA